AUGCCCCGCGCUGGGCUCUGCAGCUACUGGAGGGGACGGGUACUGCCCCUGCUGCUCGCCUAUGUCUGCUAUCUGCUGUUCGGGGCCACCGUCUUCCGGCUGCUUGAGAAGCAGGCAGAGUCUCAAUCCAGGGACCAGUUUCAGCUGGAAAAGCUGCGCUUCUUAGAGAACUAUACCUGUCUGGACCAGCAGGCCCUGGAGCAGUUUGUGCAGGUCAUUCUGGAAGCCUGGGUGAAAGGUGUGAACCCCAAAGGCAAUUCCACCAACCCCAGCAACUGGGACUUCGGCAGCAGUUUCUUCUUUGCAGGCACAGUGGUCACCACCAUAGGAUAUGGAAACCUGGCACCCAGCACAGAGGCAGGGCAGGUCUUCUGCGUCUUCUAUGCUCUCAUGGGCAUCCCACUCAACGUGGUCUUCCUCAACCAUCUGGGCACAGGACUGCGUACCCACCUGACCACCCUGGACAGGUGGGAGGACCAUCCCAGGCGUUCUCAGCUCCUGCAGGUCCUGGGCCUCGCUCUGUUCCUGACCCUGGGGACCCUGGUCAUUCUCAUCUUCCCGCCCAUGUUCUUCAGUCAUGUGGAGGGCUGGAGUUUCGGCGAGGGCUUCUACUUUGCUUUCAUCACCCUCAGCACCAUUGGCUUCGGGGACUACGUUGUCGGCACAGACCCCAGCAAGCAUUACAUUGCUGUGUACCGGAGCCUGGCAGCUGUAUGGAUCCUCCUAGGGCUUGCGUGGCUGGCAGUGGUCCUCAGUCUGGGGCCUCUGCUUCUGCACAGGUGCUCUCGGCUCUGGCUGCUCAUCAGGGGCCUGGACCUCAAGGAUGGGACAGCCCAGGACUCUGACCCCAGACUUCAGAAGACCCCCAUGUCUGCAUGAGGCCCCAAGUGAUACCCAUCCUGCCCUCCUCAAAUCCAGACCACCCCCUGCUC